CCCCCCUUCUCUCUGUUUCUAACUACUUCCUUCUUCGCGGAAAACGCCGAGUCCGCAUCUCUCAGUCUCCUUCCCUUCCAAAGCACACAUUCCACGUUCCAUUUACGGCAACCCCACUCCCUCCCUCCCUCCCUCCAAACCGAGGAUUAAAUUCGUAUUAACACUAAAACGGUAUUAAAACGAGCUAAAAUAAUCCAAAAAAAUCCGCCGCAAAAACCAACUAAAAAGCACCCCACCGGUCCCCUUCUAUGGGCUGUGCCUCCUCUCGCGAUCGCUGCAUCGCCUUCUCUCCAACGCCGCCGCCGCCUCCUCUCUCUCUUCCUCAGCCUCCGCCGCCGCCUCCGCCUCCACCGCCGGCGCUUUUGUUAGGGAGAACCCCCACUCUCUCCUCUCCUAUCGUGGUCCAUCACGCAUCCCUCCACCAGGGGGACUCCACCCACCUCGUCUCUCUCACCUCCACCACCUACGGUUCCCUCAAAACCCUAGACGAUCCCGAUCCCUCCCUCUCCGUGGCCUUCGCCUCCCCCACUGCUGUUAUCAACGCCUGGGACCUCAUGGAUGGCCUCGACGACCUCGCCGCCUCCGCCUCCGCCGCCAAGAAGCCCUACCUCCUCCCCCGAUCCCUCACCUACCACCACCAUCAUCGCCCGAUCAAGGCUAAGGACGAGCAUCCCGCUGUCAAACCCCUCUGGAAGCACCUCGCCGACGAGCCCAAGCGCCCCAAGGUCGUCCUCUUCUCCACCUCCCUCCGUGGCAUCCGCCGGACCCACGAGGACUGCUGCACCGUCCGCGCCAUACUUCGCGGCUUCCGCGUCGCCGUCGACGAGCGGGACGUUUCCAUGGACGCCGCCUACCGGCGGGAGCUGCAGGCGCUGCUGGGAAAGGGUCGGCCUUUCUCGCUCCCCCAGGUGUUCGUUGGCGGGCGGUGCCUUGGCGGCGCGGAGGAAAUCCGGCAGCUCCACGAGGCCGGGGAGCUGGGGCGGCUUCUCGAAGGGGUCGCCGCGCAGGAUCCUGCGUUCGUGUGCAGCGGCUGCGGCGGAGUUCGGUUCGUUCCGUGCACCAAUUGCAGCGGCAGCCGCAAGGUGUUCGUCGAGGUGGACGGGAGGAUGCGUCGCUGCGAGGAGUGCAACGAGAAUGGAUUGGUACGCUGCCCUAACUGCUGUUCUUGCUGAUGCUCCCGCAUGAAAGAAAAUGGAAAAAUCGUUCCUGAAAUUAGAUAUGAAGAAAUGAGAAGGAAGGAGAACGAAAAAAGAUUAUUUUUUGUAAUUUUCUUUCUUCUUUUUGGGCCAAUUUGGAUGCAUUUUAAUUGCAGUUGAUUGAUUCUUGAAGGGGGUGGGAAUCAAUUGAGAUGUGUAUGGAAGUAGUGCUUUUCUUGGUAUAUAAGAAAUGUGGGCUAUAAAUGAAGGGAUUAUUGGUAACGGGGAUUGUUGGAUACUUGGUACCUGUGAAGGGGGGAACAUCCGGGUUCUUGUCUGUAUGCUUGUAAUAAUGGAAAUAAAAUUGUUUGUAUAAAACUACGGCAAUCAAUUCGUCUAUGUAAAUAGGAAGCAUGGGUUGCUUACUUUUAUUAGUGUAUUUUGGAA